AGCACCAUGCUGCGCCGCAAGCCCUCCAACGCCAGCGACAAGGAGUCAGGCCACAGGAAGCUCUCCCUCCAGCGCUCCAGCAGCUUCAAGGACUUUGCCAAAGCCAAAGUCAGCUCCCCUGUGGUGACCGACAAGGAGUUCAACCUGGAUGAGAAUAUCCCUGAGAAUGAGCCUGGCAGCCCCAGCCCCGAUGAUGCUGCACGGAGCAGUGGGAUGAAGCUAGGUAAGAAGUGGAGAGCUGUCAUCUCCCGCACCAUGAACAGGAAGAUGGGCAGAAUAGCUGUGAAAACACUGGCCGAGGGGAAGGGAGACGUGGAAGAGGAGGGGUCUCCAUCCCCCCUAUCCCCAGCCAGCAGCAUAGAGGAGCCAAGCCAAGACAAGGUGCCCCUCUCCUACCUGGAAAUGGAGGAAGAUGGGCACCCACCCAUUGGCUGCCAGAUGUCCAGCGGCAGCGAAGUGUCCAGUCCCAGCCCCAGCCUUGCAGGCAACAAGCAUGACAGCCUGCAACUAGAGGAGAGCAGCCCAGCCUACACCGGCCCCUUCUGUGGCAGGGCGCGUGUCCACACAGACUUCACACCCAGCCCCUAUGAUAAGGACUCACUGAAGCUGCGGAAAGGGGACAUCAUUGGCAUCAUUGAGAAACCACCUGUGGGCACCUGGACUGGGCUGCUCAACAAUAAGGUGGGCUCUUUCAAGUUCAUCUACGUGGAUGUCAUCCCCGAGGAGACAGCCCCUGCCCGCAGGAGCCGGAGCCACAGCAAGAGCAAGCGGCCCAAGCCCAAGACCCUCCAUGAGCUGCUGGAGCGCAUCAACCUGCAGGAGCACACUUCCACCUUACUCCUGAAUGGCUACCAGACCCUGGAAGACUUCAAGGAGCUGCGGGAGACCCACCUCAAUGAGCUGAACAUCACAGACCCCCAGCACCGUGCCAAGCUGCUAACAGCUGCUGAGCUGCUCCUGGAUUACGACACAGCAAGCGAGACAGAGGAAGGAGACAGCUCUGAAGCCCAGCCUUCCCCCAUGGACCCCAAAAUGGACAUUCCCCGGGACUCGGGCUGCUUUGAAGGAUCAGAAACACUGGACGGCAGCCGGGACGAGGUAGAGCUAACAGGCUCCGAGGGGCAGCUGCAGGCUCUCUCCCUGACAGAGUCCUCUUGAGCCCUCCCUGCCUUCCCAGACUGCCUGCUCCCAGGCCCGCCCCAUCGCUGGGGAGAGCC